GGAAAAACCCCUUAUUGUGCGUAGGCGGUCAAUCUGUUGUCAAUAACCACCACAAUAGGAAUGCUCAAUAGGAGCUCUGUAUUGUAGUGGUUACCGAUCCCGUUCUGAUCCGUCUAUAUAAUGCCUUCUUUUUCUGGGUUCAUGAACUUUUCUUCUGUUCUUCCGACCCAUGCCUCACCACGUUUCCAAGAUGUCCGAUCUCAUGUUCCCCGGCCUGGCGGAUCGCGCCGCCAAAAACUCCCAACUUCGAGGCGCUGGCGCCUCAAAAUCUUCGCCUGCGGCUGGUCCGCGUUCUACCGGCCGAGUCCGGACCCCUCUGCCCGAUAAGGGCAAACCACGCUCUGCCUCCGGGCCCGCUUCGCGGGUUGGCAAGACCAAGGGCAAGAAACGUGCCUCUGUUGCUGCCGCCCCUCGCCCCCGCCCCGCCGCCGGCGUAGUCCGGCCAAGAUCUUGUUUGGGCUGCCUGCGCUCUGCCCUCGCGGGCAAGCAAGGUUCCGGCGACCUCGCGGUCUGCCGUGAGACGAGCCCGCCCUCUGGGCGGUGCUACAAGUGCGCCUCCGGGCACUCCUGCGAGGAGAUCCCCGCCCCCGCCCGUCCCCCUGCCGUCCGUUUUCUGGCGGCCGUCGCCAAAGGCGACAAAGCUGCGAUCACCAAGUGGCGCCUCGUUGUUAAGGGGGUGUUGGAGAUCUGGGAGGAGGAGAAGGAGGGUGGUGGUGUUGCCGUGGCGGCCAUGUCGGCCGAGGAGAAGAAGGAGGAGGCCAAACGGGCCGCUUUGCAGCUCGUAGAAGUUUUGUUUUAG